AUGGCGGUGCGCCAAGAUCACAUUACCCUAGAGCAAAACCAGGAUACGGAGAGACUGCCAGAUGUCGCAUCAGCGCCUCCGGGUGGCGAGUCUGGUAGAGGCAUAUUCUCCACCGCCCGAGAAGGAUCAAUCGCUGCCCAAAAGAGCUCAAGUACAUCGAUACGUCGUGUCGCUUCGAUUCGUCGAGCAGGUGGUCGACUCGGAUCUAAGUUGAAUAGCGACUCUGUGGAUGUCCAGAGGCCAGACAGGGUGAGGAAAGGUUUGAGUCUCGAUCAUGCCAAGUCAACCAUUGCUUUGGCUCAGAACCUUCAGAUCCCUGAGAUAAAUGGAGAAGGUCUUGCCUCAGUGACGGAAACCGACGAGCAACCUAGCGACUUGGAAGAUUUCCAGAUCUUCGUUGAACAGGUUUCUGAUUUGGGUAGGAAUGGAUCUUUCAGCACCUACCACAGCGCACAUGGAUCUAUCAGUACCUAUCACAAACAGAACUGGUCGGGCCGUGGACAACAUGUCGUCUUCAAAAAGCACGAACAAGAGUCUAUCAGCAAGGUUUUACAGUACAAAGGUAACCUCGGAAGCACGAACUCUGCCAUCGUCCAGAGCGUGAAAUGCCGCCGCAUACUUCUUGCGCGCAAGACUAUAAUCUGCAGCAAGCGGAACAUGACCCAGGAGGAAGCCAUUGCCGAGGUCUCUCACCUUUCUCGACUAGCCCAUGCGCAUAUCAUUCGAUUUAUUGGUACAUAUGUCCACGGGCGGGAAUUGUCAAUUCUGCUGUACCCUGUUGCAGACUACAACCUCCGGGGUUUCCUUGAUGACUUUCAAAGUGGAUCAUCUCCACCAGAGCGGCAAGCUCGCAUGUCUGCUUCCUGCACGAAAUUCUACUCUUGUCUGAGUAGUGCUGUACUGCACAUCCACCGCAAUCUGACCAAGCACAUGGACAUCAAGCCCCAAAACGUCCUCGUUCAGGAAAGAACCUCGCCAACCACGUCAGACACUUACUACCACAUCUUCAUCGCCGAUUUUGGCAUCUCUCGAUCAUACGAGAAGAAGGAAGAAGUAGAAACCGAUGGAUAUACCUCCUUCACCCGCCGCUACGCAGCGCCCGAAGUAGUGCGACUCGAUCGCCGUGGCUGGCCUGCCGACAUCUUCUCCCUCGGAUGCGUUUUCUUCGAAAUCCACAACACCAUGCAGUCUUUCUCGAGCGAUGUGCACACCACGCUAGAGGCAUUGCUUGACAAGAAUGUGCCGAGAGAUGCCUGGAGGGACACCUCGUUUCAAGCGAAUAUUGCGCAUUUGCAAUCGUAUUUGUCGAAGCUCGCAACUGGACAGGAGCCUUGGAUGCCUGCACAGACGUGCUAUACCAUAUCCAGUAUGCUAAAUGUUAGACCUCAGGAUCGGCCCACGGCGGAAGAUCUCGUGGCGUUCUUUGGAGAGCAGGACUGUUGCACGACUGGAGUAGUGCAGCUGGAAGCAACCAAGGAUGAAUGA